AUGCGCGUCGUAUCAGCCGCCAUCCGCCGGGCCGUCGGCCGCCAGCUCGCUACGAAGAAGCCGCUGCCGUCGGCUGCAUGGGCCCGCGCCCGCGUCCUUCCGCCGAUGGCGUCGUCUCUGCACGGCUUGGCCACGCGCAGCCUGCAUGUGUCCCGCACCAUGUUGAAGGCGGACGACGAGACCACGGUCACCAUCACCGACGACGACGACGACGAUGACAGUGAUGACAGUGACGACGAUGAUGAAGAUGACGAAGAGGAAGAGCUUGAUGAGGCCGCUGUCGAGGACGUGGGCGUGGCGUCCGAGCGCUUCCGUGGCGUGACCUUCCACGAGUCGCGCAUCAAGAAGUGGAGUGCGAGCCUUGAAGUCGGCGAGGUCGAGGUCGAUGCCGGCGAGUUCUGGACCGAAGAAGACGCUGCGAAGGGCUACGACGAGCUCGUGCGCAUGUACCUCGACGACUCGGCGCCGCUCAACUUUGCGCCUGGCAGUGCGAACGACGACGACGUCGCGGACCCGGCGUCGCCGACCUACGACUGGACGCUGCCGGACGCCGGGUCGCGCCACGCCGACAUCAUUGCCCCCGUCACAAACACGUACAUCACGAUGGACGAGCUUCUUCCGGCGCUGGAGCGGGAACAAGCCAUCGACGUGUACACGAUCAACUUGGCCGGCAAGUCGAGCCUCGCCGAGCACAUGGUGUUCUGCACGGGUCGGUCGCGCGCCCACAUGCGCCGCAUGGCCGACAUGGUGAUCCUCUCGAUGAAGGCGCGGUCGAUGGAAGACGACUUUGGCUACGUCGUCGAGGGCCGCGACUGCGACGACUGGAUGAUCGCCGACAUCAACACGAUCGUCGUGCAUUUCAUGACCGAAGAAACGCGCAAGAUGCUGCAGCUCGAGAAGCACUGGGAAAACAUGGUCAACGACAAGCACCGGCUCUACGGCCACCUCUCGGAGGACGAGUACAUGGACAAGUAUGGCAUGUCGGAGCUCAUGACGGACGACGACGUGCUGAACGAAGACGAUAUUGACCACAACGUGUGGAAGUAAUCGCUUGACCUUGCCCAUUUUUGACAAAUAUACGACCACAACCCACAAUAAGUACUGAUUUCUUGU